UCUCCGUGGCAUGAUUGUUAGCAUGCCUGCGUCCGUGGGCACCACUUUGCGCACUGGCAGAGCAGAAUCUGGAUUUGGCGUCUGUUUCCAGAAUAAUACAAGGUUCCGCGGUUGUUUUUGCAAGCUUUUUAACGAGUUUUUAUCCGAGAGAAACUGGCUUCUGAAGCCCAUGGUCUGCCUUGUUUAUCAUUCUCCGUUACGGAAAAUGUGGCAUCCUGGGAUCCAGAGGUGUGCCCCUGCAGGCGUGGCAGAUGGAGCCGUCGAGGUGGUUUCAUCUACCGUGCUCCGAGUCAUGCAGCUGCGUACUUACUUAUGGAUCGUUGAGAAAGCAUGAGGCAGGUAAUUCAAUGCUAUGCAGCAGGUGAGUGUCAUGAAUUGGCAAUUGUAGAAUACAGGUUCGUUUGGGUUGGGUUUUCCCAAUUCCACUUGCACGGAAAGGUCUUCGUGCAGCUCAAGUUCGGACGUGAGCAACGAGAGGCUCGUGCGGGUAGUGGUGAGGUUCGCGUCGAGGUUGAGGACGCAUCUGGAGCAACUCUGAAACAGAAGAAGCUGUGCAAUGUUCGAGGAUUAGAUCAAAAUCGAUGAUUUGCAGAAAUGCGUCCCAAAUUUGUGGUCAUGAGGGAGAAAGGAAACAAAUCGUGCCGACUUGCUUAUUAAUGAGAAUGCAGUGCGUGUGAAGUCGGCUUUGUCGAGAUGUGUCAAUCUUUCAUGGGUUAGGAGAGAUUAUGCGAUCCAGUUUCUUGCAAUGUCGGAGUGAUGAGUAUCGGCUUUUUAUUGUGGGCGAGUUCGUGAUAUGAAUUGAAAUAGAGGUACUAAAACUGCACUCCCCUUUGCGAGUAUUCUGCUGACAUUGACUUGGCGCAGGGACAGAGGAAGGUCCAAGUAACCAGUUUCUGGUGCACGUAGGGGAUCCAGAAGCCCGAGCAGUGGAUACAAAGAAAACCUCCCCACACAAGCGAGCGCAGAAGAUGAAGCUCGGCAAGUCUUUGAGACAAUACUUUAGUACGAAAGCAGAAAGCAGGCGACAAGAGGAAGCAAGUUGGGAUGAAGAUCUCGUCGGAGGCAGAAAUAGCAAAUUAUGGAAAAAUCGAGUAUUCUGGCAAGGUUCUCUAGACUCUCAAGGAUUUUCGAGAGCACCAGUGGUUGAAGUCAGGGACAUAUUUCGUCAUUGUGUGCGGAUACUGGGUGCAUAUGGUAAUGAUAUUGAUGGUUUGAUAAAACCCAUACGUGAGCAUGAACCUCAGUUUGAUAGUAGAUUUGUCGUUGACUUGCAUAGACCCAAGGCCCCCCGGGCGUGUCCGCCCUACUUCAUAUACGUGGAUCACCGAUAUAAGGAAGUGAGCAUGUACAUCCGAGGCCUCAACCUCCUGCAUCGCCGUGACUACGUUGUGCUACUGAAGAACAGGAAGGGAGAGAAGCCAUAUGAGGAGGGCUUUGUGCAUCAUGGUAUGUCCGAAGCUGCCGAGUGGGCGACGGAACAUGUGGCUCCCGUUCUGAAGGAGCAACUCCGAUCCAACAAAGGGUACCGGCUAACAAUCGUAGGGCACUCACUUGGAGCUGGAGUGGCUGCUCUAUUCAUCAUGAUGUUGGUGAAGAGUCCAGAGCUGGUAGGAUUGGCUGACCCACGCGAGAUUCGAGCGAUUCUGUUCGCUCCGCCGCGGGACGAUUUCUUGCCCAGAGCAUCAACCAAGUCUGUGAAGCGAGUUUUUCUUGUGACGUUGCCGUUGAGUAUUUUCGUGUACUUCACAUUCUGGUUGAAGCAAACGCGUCAAUCUAAGAAGGAUGAGGAGGCACAAAGGCUGUACCCACCGGGAAAAGUAUACCAUUUUGUAUACAAGCAGCCAGGUCGACGAGGUGAUCGACCAAUUCGAGCUCGGGUGGUGCCUUCGGCUGAAGGGAGAUUCGAGCGCAUUGUUAUCCCUUCACCAGGAACAAUCUCGAAUCAUUCUGUGCUGCGAUUGGCAAAGCAUCUGAAGAAAUUCGAUUGGCCUGAGUUGAAAGACGCCUGGCUCACAUCAGUGUUGCAAACGAGCAAGAAAUAA